GAUGUCCUGUAGUUCAUAUAUUUGACUAUUAAAGACGUGAGAGAAGUAUAAACCAUGUCAGGUGCACCAGGAAACUCUUUUGCAAGUUUCAAUCCUACACCACCAGAGCGUGGUUCCUUCCCGUUGGACCAUGACCAUGAGUGCUCCUCAAUAAUGACCGAAUAUCUCGAAUGUAUGAAACUCGUGCGUGGGAAUAACGCUCUCAACUGCAGACUUCUGGCAAAGAAGUACCUUGGAUGCCGUAUGGAUAACCAGCUCAUGGAGAAAGAUGAAUGGAAGAACCUUGGACUGCCAAAUGACGAUCAGCCCAGAGAAGCUGCAACAUCUACAGAAACUCAACCCGCCUCAUCAACGGACAGGUCCUAAUUAGUUCGCAUUUUCGAGCUCUUGUAUAUAUACCACUUGCAGAUUAAUCGU